AUGUCAAUUUUCAGAGCGGAGAUCCGGGCCGAGGAGCCGGGCGUACUACAUCUUAGCUUGCGUAAGAACAUCUCGUUCUCCUUCCCUUUCCUGCAGAAAAUGGUGGCUUCACGAGUUCCAUGGUGGCAUGAUGGAUGUUUGCAGUGUGAUUAUCACAUUAUAGAUUCCAUGAUCUACCAAAUGCUCCAAGAUAGCUGGCAGGAAAAACUUGUAUUGCUCUCAGUGAUAGUCGUUCUUAUCUUUCUUGUGCUGUACCGAAGGUCGCAAUGGUCUCGGCCGUUACAGGCCCCCACUGUCCCGUAUCUAAUACCAUGGUUGGGCUCUGCUAUCAGUAUGGGCAAGAGCCCUGACGUUUUCUUUGCGAACUGUACCGUACGCUUUGGACCUAUGUUCCGGGUGGUGGCUGUUGGAAAGACGAUGACUUAUAUCACUUCACCUACUCUCAUCAGUGCUGUCUAUCGUGAUUCAAAGACAUUUGAAUUCGCCCCCAUUCGCAAAGAAAUGUCCGUUACGGUGUUCAAUAUGUCUCACGAAGCAGUCUAUAACGGAUUCAUGCAACAGGAAUACUUUCCUAUGCACCAUAGGCUUCUCUCACAAACCGCUAUCCCUGUUCUUCUCUCCCGUUAUGCCGAACUCGCAGAAAAGUCUAUUAUUGAGUCCCUCAGGACGAGGACCGCCAAGGGGAAGGCGCUCCUGAGCGAAUUCAUCCUAUCAGCAUCGUAUGAUGCGGCGGCGUAUGCGUUCUUUGGAACAGAGUUCCCGGCGAAGGAGACUUACCCAGCUUUUCGCACGUUUGACAAUAAAUUUCAUCUUAUCGCGGGUGAGAUGCCGUAUUUAUUGGUAAAGGAUGCGAGAAAGGCUUGGGAAGGCGUUGUGGAUGCUAUAGCCAGAUACUUGGCACAGAGACCACAUGAAGACGCCUUUGAGUUGAUUAGUUGGAUCUCGACGCACGCUGAAGGUGCUGGCUGGGUAAGUGUUUUAGUAUGUGCUCGUAUUGGUAGUUCUGAGCGUGAAGUGCAGAGCAGGAAAGAUGUUGCAAGCGCCUUGGGUUCAGAAUUAUGGGCACUAGAAGCCAACGCAAUCGUAGUGGCGUUUUGGGUGAUUGUGCUUUCGCUGCAACAACAUCCAGACGGAUUCGGUCUAGCACUUCUUAUUGACGAAAUUGACAAGGCCUGUCCACAACAUCCACAGAACAAUGACUGGAUAAUAUCCGCAUCUAUGCCUUUGCUCAUCUCCACAAUCAAGGAGACAUUGCGGAUGACCACGUCCACAUUCUCCAUUCGGAGAGUCACGAAAGAUACGGUUUUUGCUGGGUAUGAGCUCAAGGAGGAUUCGCGGGUGAUAUGUGUGACGAGGGCGGUGCAUAUGGACGAAGAAGUCCACGAAAAUGCACACAGAUUCAUGCCUGAUCGUUAUCUGAAAAUUGACGCAGGCCAAAGGCUGUUUAAAGACAGCAAGGAGAUCAGGGAUCAUUCGAUGCCUUUCGGAGGUGGUAUUUCUAUCUGCGAAGGCAGGCACUUUGCAUUGACGGAGCUUAAGAUACUGUUAACGCUGCUACUGACGCAUACGAAAAUAGAACUGGACAGCGAGAGGGGACCGCAGCCUAAUGUCGAACUUUGCAUGGAACGAAUGGGAGUCGGUGUAAUGCCCCCUAGAGGAGAUUUAAACGUAGUUAUUCGACCACGAAUAGCGUAUUACGGCCAGCAGAAAACCCGUCUCUCUAUCGGGCUGCCUGCCUAUACCUCUGCCGUCGAGGAAAAACUUCGUCUUGGAGGGCACCGACUACCGAGCCCGUGGUUCGUCCGAGUUUCGAUACCCAUUCCUGGAGUACCUCGACGUGCAAUACCGGUAUGGAUACCUAAUCCCCGACUGGGGCGUAGACGUGGUGCAUUUGUUCUGUUUGCGGUGUUGGUGAUGGUGAUAUACACCAUUUUUCAUCCACGGCCCAAAGAUGACUACAAGCCUUGGACACCACCAUCGUGGCCCACAGAGUCGACCAAGCGGAAUAGUGUCGUUUACAGGCCGGAGGAUUUGCAGAGAAUAUGGGAAUGGGAGAUACAGAGUGGUCAUUAUCCUAGUCGACGGAAACUACCGGACAGUCUGCGAUUCCUAGAACCACCUCUCAAUCCCGCUCUUCCUCCUUCACCAAAAAGUCCGGGCUCGCUAGUCCCGUACUCUCCGACGACGAACGGUAUUGGUCCCAGGCGUGUUUACCUUGACAUACAGAGUCGACCGCCAGAUAUCGCGUACCCGCCCAGACCUGUACCAGGGAGCAUAGCCGACUUGGACGUAAUUAUGGACCACUGUGAUUUCGAUAAGAAAAAAUAUGUCCGCGAUUGCCUAGAGGUUCUUCGCGUAGGAGCCGGCCUGGACAAUGGCAAACGUGUACGUCGCGGGACAAUGAAUGACUGGAAAUACAUUUUUCUAGAAGAAGGAGAGAUAUCUCCUAUUGUUCCCUCGCGAGAUGCCACGACAACCACAUUUGAUGACGGUACGACCGCUUCCAGGGAAUGGGAAACCUUGAUCCUGCCACCACCCGCUCAAUACCGCCCAUACUCCACUCUCGAGUCCCCUUGCGAUCCCCAAAAUCCUCGCAUAUUCCACAUGUUCUGGGCUGGUCCAAUCACGGACAAGCCCUAUAUGGUCCUCCUCUCCUUCCUUUUCACCCAGAAUACGGGUCUUUACGUCAAGAAUUACCCUGACACUUCAGCUUGUCGCGCACAGUUUUGGCUUUGGGUUAAUCCAGGUCCAGCCGCGGCCGUCCCCAACCCGUCUGCACUCCAUGACAUGUUCGAAGAACUCAAGUCCAACCCAUGGGCCUCUCCGUUCCUGCAUCCGCGUUUUAAGGAUGUCAUUCAGUUUAAAUUGUGGAAUACCACGGAGCAACUGGAUGGGGUCCCGGAGCUAAAGGACGAAUGGCGUUCGAUGGAAACGCUCUUCAAGUCAGGUGCUCAUGUGGUGCACGUUCCACAGGAAGAGCCUCAGAUAUCGGGGAAUGGAACUGCGUCGGUCACAAAGAAAGUGGCGGGUGACCCGAUGAUCAACCGGCUUGGAUCAAAAUCGUCGUCUGAAUACGACCGCCUAUCUGUUAUCCUCUCUGACAUGGCACGGUUUAUCCUCUGCCAUCGUUUCGGCGGGGUAUAUCUGGACGCGGACACGAUCCUCCUUCGCGACUGGGAAGAGCUGUUUGGGUGGAAGGGCGCGUUUGCUUACCGCUGGUCGCGGUUACCGAACUACAACACUGCGGUGCUUCACAUGAGCAAAGGGUCAGCGCUAGGAACAUUUCUCUUCCGUAUGGCGCUCAGUAACGGGCUGGAUUUUCAUCCAAUGACGAUUACGAAGUACAUGAACGAGGCGGCGAUGAAUGGUCUUUUGCUGCGCUUACCGGACGCGCUCUUUGACUCGGCGUGGCUGAAUACUGAAGAGUUUCAGCGGAAUAGGCCACCACAGCCCUAUUUCACAGAGUUUUCCGACUUUUUUGAGACUCCUACGGUGAGUAGUGCUGCACCCCAGGCACUGGGCUUCGAGGGUUUCUUUUCGGGCGCGUACUCGUACCACUACCAUAAUCAAUGGUGGCGACCCUUUGAUCCUUCACGAAACUGGCCUGACCUCGGGCCGCGAUUCAAGGCGGUCGAAGACCGGGCCCGACGAGCUCUAAACAGUGAAUCACUGACGUUCACAUCAACAGUGAAUGAGGAUCCGUGGCAGGACAGAGUGGAGGAGGACAAACGGGAUUUGGACUGGGCGACAGUCAUUAAAAGGACUUUCGAGUCGUACAUUCGGGGCGAGCGGCCGAACAUGUACGGAGAGUGGCUUCGGUGGUAGAGAUGGUAAAUUAUAUAUGUUGUUGGGACAUUCCACAUGUAAGUAUUGGGGACAUCUAUAGGGCAUGCACAUACCAUCGCAUAGAUAUACGCCAGGAUUGUUAAUAUUAUUGCUUGCUAUUGU